GCAUGAAAUUGAUACAAAACACAGACCAUAUAAAUACCAUAAACACACUUCUUUCAAGAUCUUUUUUCCUGUUCAUGUCUGCCUUUUAAGAUCUUCGCUGCAUAACCAAGAUGACAUCGAUUUUUUCUCGUGUCAAGUCAAAAAUUGUGAAGAACGACAAGAACAUGAACAAGGAUGGCGCUCUUAAUAGUGCAAAUUCUAAUCAUGAGCCAAAAGACAGCACGACGGGAAUCUUGAUUGUAAAACUCGUCAAAACAAAACAUGAUAAAGGUCUUGGGCUCACAGUUUCAGGUGGUAUUGACCGUGGUAGCAAUCAUCCUGUUAUCUCUCAUCUUCGACUGGGCGGUAUUGCUGAUAAGAGCGAAUCCUUGGUUAUUGGUGAUAUAAUUCUCGCUGUAAAUAAUAAAAAAACUGAAAAUUUAACCCAUCAAGAAGUUGUUGAUCUGCUAAGAAACGCUGGUCAGCAUGUUCAUUUGAAGAUUCAAUAUAAAAUCCCAACUCCAGACACAAACAUUAGCAGUUCGUGUAAAACUGCUAUUAUACAGCUGAAGAAGGAAGCUGAUGGUUUUGGAAUUGUCGCGAGAGAAUCACCGCAGACAUCGAUUCACGGCUAUCGACCUCUUGUUGUUGCAAGUGUCAGACCAGGAAGUGCGGCCCAAAGUCGUGGUGUGGUUCAUGUUGGGGAUAGAUUACUUGCAAUCAACGGUCAAGCGUUGUUGGGUCUGUCACGUGAAGACGUUGUACUAUUGCUAAAACACGCGCAUGAUCAAGUGUCUUUACAGAUAGAGUAUGAUGUUUACCACAAAGAACCUAUGAGCACUCAAAACGGAACAUGGAUUAUUGAUAUCGAGAAGCCUGCUCCUGCUGUCAGCCUGGGGCUAAUUCUAGUAGAAGACCGAUCAGGUGUGAUUGUAAUUUCUGAUAUCAACGAAGGUGGUGUUGCGGACAGAUUGGGAGUGUUCCAUAAAGAAGAUCAGAUAAUAAGUAUUAAUGCAACCUACGUGAAGGAUUUGUCUUUAGCCGGAGUUGUUGAUUUGUUGGCCAAGAGUGGAAGUCGUGUUAAGAUCGAGUUUCUCACAGUUCACGCUUUAAAUAAAGAUGAGGAAAAUACAGCCAUGUCAGAUAGAUAUGGUAAAGUAGAUUCCUGGGUAUGUUCACAUGGCGAGUUUUCCGAUGAUCAACUGUCAGAGUCGACAGCUCACGACGAAUUGCUAAUUCAAGACCGAAGAUUGCACGACAAUGAUCCCAGAGAACGUUUACGCCGUGCUCUUCCGCAGGCCCCUAGCGGUGAUUUUGCUGGCUACGACAAUACUAGACGAGCUCUCACGAAUGACUCGAGCCCAUAUGAAGAAAUCUCGGAAGUGAUUGCAAAUUCUCGUGGAAACGUAGACCUUCAAAGUGAACCAGGAUCUGAUCAGCGGUCUAGAAAUAGAAUGACUGAAGGUUUAUAUUCGAAAGUUCGCAAACCUCGUUCCAACAGUGUGGGGGCAAGUACUGGUAGAACUUCUCCAUGGUCUGGUGCUGGCUACAGAGGUCUGGGAAGUAGACGGUCAUCAUUUUCUAACGCCGCUAAUUCUGAAUCAUACCUGCGAGGGAGAAGACAAUUUUCUAGCAGAAAUAACAACUUUUGGUCAUCAAGAAGCUUGAAAUGUUCUGCUAAUGCUCAGCUAUGUCGACAGGAGUAUGUGGAGGUGAAUUUGACUGCAGAUAAUCAGGGAUUUGGUUUGACGAUUGCAGAGAGUUAUAUUGGAAGACAAAGUGUAUUAGUAAUUGCGGAAAUUGAGAGUGGUGGUCCUGCGGAAAGGUCUGGGGUGCUUCAGAUUAAUGAUGAAGUGCUUGGAAUAAACGACACAGACGUAGGAAUGAUGACAGCUGAACAUUGCAAUGGUAUUUUACAGAGUUUUGGAACACACGCAAACAUCUUGAUUGGCUUUACUGUGGCUGAAUCUAUAGUAGCCUCGUCUGGAACAUUCAGCGUGAAGCUGCCAAAGCAUUACUUUGGAUUAGGAAUCACUUUCACAGAACUAAACAAUGCUGAUAAAACCUGUAUUAUAAUCAGUCAUGUUCGUAAAGGAAGUCUAGCAUACAGAACAGGAAUAUUGCAUCUGGGCGAUCAAUUAUUGGCAAUAAAUGGUCAUAAAAUGGCGUGUGUAGAGGAUUCUAUAACAUUCAUUGAUGCUGUACCUCUGGGUGAAAUAGUCAGUGUAACUGUUCAGAAAGAGCAGGAGAUUGAAGAUGAAAGUUCUGGAGUUGUUUAUACUAUAGAAUUAUCAAAACAAGGCCGUAGUACUGUCGGCAUUGUCAUAACAGGUGGAGAGGUUCCUGGUAAUGGUAAUAUCCUUGUCACAUCAUUGGUUCCUGGAACUGUUGCAGAAAGAAGUGGCGCAGUUCAUGUGGGUGACAGAAUCUUGGCUGUCAACGAUAUUUUGGUAAAAAAUAAACCCGUCAAAGAAGUUUAUCAAAUGUUAGAUUUUAGUGGAGAAUUUGUGAAACUUCGUCUUCAGAGUGUUGAUACUCGCAAAACAAAACAGCCUAGUGUUGAAACUCCGGCGAGGGGACUUGAAAUUCCGGAUAUGUCGUCUUUACAUCGGGUUUCAGCUUGGGCUGAAAUAUUCAACGAACUAGAUCAAAUAGUUGCGGUAAGUAAGCCGUCUGGAGCGAAGAAAGAGCCUGAGACCAAAACUGAGGCCGCAAAGAAUGUUGGGAUUACGAGGAAGAUCCCUGAGUCAAAUACAAAAACAGGAAAUGAGGGAGCCGAAAGUGAAAUAACUGCGACUGUGUCUGAGGAGGUGAAGAGCGGAAAUGACGAAUUUUGGGAACAAUUUGGAGAGUUGUGGGAAAGUGAGAAAAAUCGUACGGAGGAACAGACCACUACUAACGCGACCCGCACUGACGAAAUCCGCAGUUUCGCAGCACCGACCUCAAACGAGAGCACCGACACAGGUAUUAAGACUCACGAUUCUUCAUCAGGUACCCUGAAUGGAAAAGCUAUCUCCAUACGGUACGUCGUUCAUGAGAAAUGCGUGAACCCAGCACAAGUAACUCAUGAGAGGACAACACAACGUUCCUGUGUGUAUUUGAGGCAAGAUUCUCGUGGCAAACUUUCUUGUGAUAAUCCCAAAACACAAUUUUCAACCAAACCUUAUGAGACUUCCACUUGCAGCGACUCUAGGAAUCGAUCCAGAGAGAACUUGACGAAUGAUUCCGGCUCCGCACAGGAAUCACGUGAGAGAAAGUCCCUCGUGGAAUCCACGGACGAAUCCCCUCAGAAAACCAGACAAAAUACAGGAUCUCUUGAGCGAAGUCCAUCUGUGGCCUCAGGCUAUGAAACAGACUCGACACUACAAAAUUCUGUCAAUGAUUUGCCUCAUUGUGACCAAAGAGGCGACACCGAGCCCUUCACAAGCAUGGACUCGUUUGAUAUUUCGAAUGAUGCAGAUGACAAACUCUUACCUCCCACUACAAAAGUGGGCAAUGUAGAUUCGACGUCAGACGUUCUUGAAACUCGGACGUUUUCCGUCGAGAAAUCAGGUCAACAUGGAUUUGGUUUUAGUUUGAUGCCAGAUAAAUUCAAACAAGAAGUUUAUAUUGCAUCUGUGCUUCCAGGCGGUCCUUGUGACGGAAUGCUGCAACCGCUUGACAAAAUUACUAAAAUUGACGACAAAGAUUUGACGCAAUUAAAUAUUUACGAAAUUAUUCAAAUACUUCAACAUGGCCCGGCGAUCAUCAAGCUAUGCGUUGUUAGAAAUCCUUUUAAUACUUAUGUUGACUGUAAGUCGUAAGUGGGAAAUUGGAUUAUAAGAAGAAAAAUGCAUGUAUACGAAUUAUUAUAGCACUCAGUUAGGAAAGGUGUUUGCAUGUGCUUCUUAUAUAAUUUAAGCGCUCUCGUCAUGGUGGUCCGGGCUGAAAAAGAAACUAUUUUGAAAGUUGAAACUUUCAUUUUUUUGAUUGAUGCGAUUGAUGCUUCUUUAUAUUUGUGCAUGCGUGAGGUGUAAAGUUAAUUUAUACAUUUUUCAUACUAAGAUCUUUGUCUACAGAAUACUUUAUACUUCGCAACCGUGAUCAUUAUAUUAAUCGAGUGAAGAAAUUGCCAAGGAUUUAUGACACGAGAUCAACUUAAUGAGCAUAAGUGCUGUACACGCGUAUAUAUAGAAAACUUAUACACUCGUGGCUAGUCGCUUUAGGAGCUACAAAAUCUAGUACGUCCAUCAGGUUUUUGUGGUCGAUUAUCUGCAGCCACUAUAGGCUUUUAUCGUCCUUUCGUUUGCACCGCAUCUUUCUGACAACAGUUCGUGUACCAUACAAAAGGAAGGGGAUAUUUAAUUUAAAAAUUCUCGCAUUUGUACUAGAUUUCAUAUUGAUCUUACGGAAUCAAAUGUUGCCCUCUUUACGAGGAGUCAGAGCUUCAGAAGAUGAGUGUAUUCAAAAGACAAAAAUAUAAU